AUGUCUCCGGCGCUGCUGGCGCUCUGGCUGUGGCUGGGCUCGGGCGGGGCGCGCGGCCUGGGAGGCGCCCCGGCGGGGCCGGCCGGGCUCCGCUUGCCGCUGCACAGCGCGCUGCCCGGGACGGCCGCGGCGGAAGGGCGGGCACGGCGCUCGGCCGACGAGCGGGAUCAAGGCCGUCGCCGCGCCGCCGCCGCCGCCGCCGCAGCAGCAGCAGCAGCUUCGUGGCCAUGGUGGACAACCUGCGCGGCAAGUCGGGGCAGGGCUACUACGUGGAGAUGACGGUGGGCAGCCCCCCGCAGAAGCUGAAUAUCCUGGUGGACACCGGAAGCAGUAACUUUGCCGUGGGUGCAGCCCCUCAUCAGUUCCUGCAGCGAUACUAUCAGCGCCAGCUCUCCAGCACCUAUCGGGACCUGCGGAAGGGAGUCUACGUGCCCUACACGCAAGGGAAGUGGGAGGGAGAGCUGGGCACUGACUUGGUGGCCAUCCCUCAUGGCCCAAAUGUCACGGUCCGGGCCAACAUUGCCGCCAUCAUCAAGUCGGACAAGUUCUUUAUCAACGGCUCCAACUGGGAAGGCAUUCUGGGCUUGGCAUACGCCGAAAUUGCCCGGCCGGACAACAGCCUGGAGCCCUUCUUUGACUCUCUGGUGAAGCAGACGCAAGUGGCCAACAUCUUCUCCCUGCAGCUGUGUGGCACAAGCUUCCCGACCAAUGAUUCGGAGACCCUGGCAUCCGUGGGGGGCAGCAUGAUCAUUGGGGGCAUCGACCAGACUCUCUACAAGGGCAACAUCUGGUACACGCCCAUCCGGAAGGAAUGGUACUACGAGGUUGUCAUAGUCAAGAUUGAGAUCAAUGGGCAGGAUCUCCAGAUGGACUGCAAGGAGUACAAUUACGACAAGAGCAUUGUGGACAGCGGCACCACCAACCUUCGGCUGCCCAAGAAGGUCUUUGAGGAGGCAGUGAAGUCCAUCAAGACAGCUUCCUCGACAGAGAAGUUCCCGGAUGGCUUCUGGCUGGGGGAGCAGCUGGUUUGCUGGCAGGUGGGAACAACCCCCUGGAACAUCUUCCCGGUCAUCUCUCUCUACUUGAUGGGCGAGACCACCAACCACUCCUUCCGGAUCAGCAUCCUGCCCCAGCAAUACCUGCGACCAGUCGAGGACGUGGCUACCUCCCAGGACGAGUGCUACAAGUUUGCCGUCUCCCAGUCCUCCACCGGCACCGUCAUGGGGGCUGUGAUCAUGGAGGGCUUCUACGUGGUCUUUGACCGGGCUCAGAGGCGCAUUGGCUUUGCGGUCAGCACUUGCCAUGUGCAGGACGCGUUUCGGACGGCCUCGGUGGACGGGCCUUUCCUGCACCCCAACAUGGAGGACUGUGGCUACAAUAUCCCCCAGACGGACGAGUCAACGCUGAUGACCAUUGCGUACAUCAUGGCAGCCAUUUGCGCUCUCUUCAUGCUUCCUCUCUGCCUGAUGGUCUCGCAGUGGCGCUGCCUGCGCUGCCUCCGCCGCGGCCACGAUGACUUCGCGGAUGAUAUUUCCCUGCUAAAGUGAGCGCUGCCUCCCCCCUGGCCCAGAGCCCAUGCUGGCGACAUGGCUGGGCAUUGGCAACGGGACCAUCGUCCCCUCCCUUAGGGCUGCUGUGGCCUUCGCCUUCUCCAAGCGGGCAGCUGCUGUUGCUGGGGUUGCUCUGCUGCUGCCCAGGGCCCACCACAACUACUGGCCCCCAGCCCAUGGCGGGCAGAGAGGUUGGCAGGGCCAGUGGUGGCAGAAGAGCCAUUGCCGUCGCUUCCACUGGUGUCCCAGAAGUUCCGCAGCUGGUGCAAGCAGUGGGCAGGACUGGCAGGGUCCCGCCAUCUGUCCGGAAAACACCUUUUCUCCCGCUGCUCUGAAUUCGCCAGUGACUGCUGCAGUUUGUGCACCAAGCACCAGAUGAAGGGGGUGGGGGGCUUCUGAGCAGUACUUCUUUAUAAUUUAUCAAGGGGGGCUGCGUGCUUGUUUCUCUGAAUUUCAGUAGUUAUGAAACCGAAGGUGGGUUGCUGUACCCCACUUCCGGAGCCUUCAGGUGCCUGCUUGGAACUCUGUCUGGUGACACCAUUUAAAGUACACCACCCCCCUCCCCCCAUGCCUGCUGGGACAGGGAUCAGUUUAAGAUGAUGGACCCACUGAAUUUGUGAGGGGUCACUGGAGGUUUUCUGGGGGGGAGUAGGCUGUGGAACCCUGAAUUCCAGGAAUCGGGAUGGCUGUAACAGCUGCCUGUGGGCGGGGGUGGGGUGGGGGUGAGGGAGACCCUUCUGCUGUUCUGCUUAUUGUGUUGCCCUUCCUCCCUGGGAAGUAUCCAGUGGGUUCCCCUCCCCCAGGGAGGCCCGUGAGCUGGCCAUUGGGGUCAAAGUGCCAGGCCCCACUUCUGGGAGGUGGGGUGAUGGAACUCUCCCACUGGCAGAGUCCCUGCAGACAGAGCAAGCACUGACUCUGCCCUCCCAUCAGAGGGGUCACCGAUGCCAGCCUCCUGCUUGGAUGUUGAGCAAGCUGAAUCGGCGGCCUUGUCCUGGCACUUCUUCCUCCCCCCCUCUGCGGAUCUGGCCCAGCGUUUUUCCUCCCAGCCCAGGAGGGUGGGAAGAUUCAGAAGGUUUGAGGCCGAGGCAGCCCUGUUGCCAGCUUGGGCACCCAGAGGCCUUGGGCCAUUGGGGGCAUCAGAGGCUUCUCAGGGAAUGGGCAGUCACAGAGACGUCUUUCCUCAGGAGCCUGCAGCUGGCCUGCCACAGGGCCACCGGCCGAGCCCCUGGCUCUGUUGCAGAGUCAGCUGUAGGCCCCCAACAUGCUGCCUUUCUGCCCAACAGGAGCCUCUGGGCAGCUGGUCACCCCGGGGCCUCUGCUGAGCAACACGUGGAGGGUCAAGCAGGAUUGGAACAGGGCAGUGGCCAGACCCCUCUGGAGCACAGGCAGUGCUUCCACAGUGGCAUAGCAUUCCUGCUUGGGCAGGGGGAUAGGCUAGUUGACCUCCGGGGCCCCUUCCAACUUCUGUUAUUCUGCAGUGUGUUUCCUUUGCAGCGGACAGAAGCGGGUCAGCAGUUACAAUUCCCACUGCUGUAUUCCUUUUGGGUGUGAGAAGGCCCCCUCCCCUUCCCCAGGCCCCUGGCUGUGCUCUCCCUGAGAGGAGCAGACGGCUGUGGGACUGGGCACUUCUGCCCUCGGGAGGCUGACGGGGCAGAGAGAGACCCCACUGGGUCUCCACUGCUGUCAAUGGAACGCUGCUUGGGAGACUCGUGGCGCAACAGGAGGGCGUGGGAGACGGGGAUCAGCUGCAGUCAAUGUGCUUGUACAAUAUUUUGUAAAUAUUUGUAAUAUUGGCUCCCCAAUCUUCCCAUUUUGUCUCAAAUGCAAAAGGAGAAAAAAGCUGGAAAACCUUU